UCAUCUGGCAUCACUGAAAAUUGUAAACCUCAAAUCGCAAAUUUAUUUACCGUGCUUGUUAUUAAUUUAAUCUACCGUAUUAAAAUAAAUAAAACGUGCAACACGCAAUACUGAAUCAUGACUGGAAGAGGCAAGGGCGGCAAGGGCAAAGUGGUGCGCGAUAAUGUCCAGGAUGAUCGCGACGAUUUUCUGGUUUACGCUGCCGAGAAAAUCAUUCAGAAGCGCGUUAGAAAGGGCACUGUGGAGUAUCGCGUAAAGUGGAAGGGCUGGAACCAACGCUACAAUACCUGGGAACCCGAGGUAAACAUUCUCGAUCGUCGCCUGAUCGACAUCUACGAGCAAAGCAACAAAUCCUCCGGCACGCCCUCAAAACGGGGCCUUAAAAAGAAGGAGAAGGACCCAGAACCUGACCCGGAACCGGAGUCAGAGGAAGACGAGUACACCUUCACCGGCGAUGAUGAAACAAACACAGAACAAACGCCGACCACAUCGAAUGCCGGCGCUCAAGAGACGCCUGAAACCAAAAAGGAGAAGAAACACCACCACCACCAUCAUCACCAUCACCACAUCAAGUCCGAACGUAGCAGUGGCCGGCGCUCCGAGUCUCCGCUCACCCACCAUCAUCAUCAUCACCACCACGAGUCCAAGCGACAGCGUAUGGACCACAGCUCCUCCUCAAACAGCAGCUCCACCCACAACUCCUUUGUUCCCGAGGCCGACACAAACUCGUCCAGCUCGGAGGAUCAGCCCUUGAUUGGUACCAAGCGCAAGGCGGAGGUUUUGAAGGAGUCUGGCAAAAUCGGAGUGACGAUCAAGACCUCGCCGGAUGGCCCUGCUCAGAAGCCUCAGCCUCAACUGCAGCAGCAUCAAGAGCAGCAGGCGUCCAAGUCCCAGGACCCAUUACAGUCGGAGAAGACUGGUGGCGAGCCUUCAGCACCGCAGAAAGCAGAUGUACAAAAUAAUGCAUUGGCCAAUGAAGCCACGUCCACACCCGCAGAGUCUGGCACUGAAGAGGAGGAGGCAGCUAGCGAGGAGAGCGUUAAGCAGCAGCCGCAGCCACCCACAGAGAACAACAAUGUACCAAAAAUCGGGAAUAACUUGACUCUGAAUCAAAAACAGCCGCUGACACCUCUGUCUCCGCGGGCACUACCCCCUCGAUUCUGGCUCCCGGCCAAGUGCAACAUAUCUAAUCGGGUGGUUAUCACCGACGUGACCGUCAACCUCGAAACUGUCACCAUACGCGAGUGCAAAACAGAACGCGGAUUCUUUCGGGAGCGCGACAUGAAGGGCGACUCCUCGCCAGUGGCUUGAGCUUCAGCCAAAGCAACGCCCGCGAAGAAGGAGAGAAAAAAAUAGGAAACCUGAAACGAUUGUAAAUAGAAAAACCAAAUUAUUGAAAGAAGCCUAGAGAGUAACACCUACAAAUCCAUACUAAAUGUUGCAAGGCAUUUUCUCUUUAAGACCUAA